CAUGUAACAGCUUUUUUAUAUACCAAGUGGAAAAUUAAAGACUUUCAGCGAUAUUAAUGUAAUAGUUAAAUAAAACAAAAUUGUGCCAAGUAUAUUCACUAUAGUAACUAAAACAACAUCAAAUAAGAGAAAACGAUUACAUGCAAUUACAUUAUAAAUGACAGUACCCGCAAUGAGAUCCCGAAGUGAGCAGAGAGUAAAAGCAUGGUUUUUAUCAGCGUUAAUGGUGCAUAGUGCUGUUGCAGGGAAUCCAGAUGCAAAGCGGCUUUAUGACGAUUUGCUGAGUAACUACAAUAAACUUGUUCGGCCUGUCGUAAACACCACAGAUGUGCUCAAAGUUUGUAUAAAACUAAAGUUGUCGCAACUGAUUGAUGUGAAUCUCAAAAACCAAAUAAUGACAACGAAUCUAUGGGUUGAGCAGUCUUGGUAUGACUACAAAUUACGAUGGGAACCAAAGGAAUAUGGUGGAGUACAUAUGUUACAUGUACCCUCAGAUCACAUAUGGCGUCCAGACAUCGUUUUGUAUAACAAUGCUGAUGGUAACUUCGAAGUGACACUAGCGACAAAAGCUACAAUUUACUCCGAAGGAUUAGUCGAAUGGAAGCCUCCCGCUAUUUACAAAUCAUCCUGUGAAAUAGAUGUAGAAUAUUUUCCUUUUGAUGAGCAAACAUGCGUUCUCAAAUUUGGCAGUUGGACGUAUGACGGGUUUAAGGUUGACCUUCGACAUAUGGAUGAACAACAAGGCAACAAUAUAGUAGAUGUAGGCGUAGACCUAUCGGAGUUCUAUAUGUCUGUCGAGUGGGAUAUUCUUGAAGUUCCGGCUGUCAGAAAUGAAAAAUUCUACACCUGCUGUGAUGAACCCUACUUGGAUAUUACAUUCAAUAUAACGAUGCGAAGAAAAACUUUAUUUUACACUGUUAAUAUAAUAAUUCCCUGUAUGGGAAUUUCUUUUUUGACAGUGUUGACGUUCUACUUGCCUUCGGAUAGCGGAGAAAAGGUCACUUUGUCAAUCUCGAUACUUAUCAGCUUGCACGUGUUCUUCCUCUUGGUAGUUGAAAUUAUACCUCCAACCUCGCUAGUUGUUCCACUCUUGGGAAAAUAUCUCAUAUUUGCAAUGAUAUUAGUGUCAAUUAGCAUUUGUGUUACUGUCGUCGUUCUGAAUGUGCACUUUCGGUCUCCACAAACUCACCGUAUGGCUCCUUGGGUAAAAUGCGUUUUCGUCGAUUUGCUUCCACAAUUCUUAUUUAUAAAAAGACCAAAAUACAACUUCGAAACAAGCAGCGGAAGCGGCCCAUUUGGGGGAAGUUGCCAAAUUCAUGGAUCUGUACCUCCUUUAACGCAGCAUGCGGCAGAAGAUUCAGAAACCGUGCCCGUUUUCAGUGACGUUACGUCUGAGAUCAAGGUUCAAAUACAUAGAAAUCCAGGUUUCUUACACGCAAAAUGCCCGGCGAAAGUACAUCGAAGCUGCUUCUGUGUACGGUUUAUAGCAGAGCACACAAAAUUGUUAGAGGAUUCUACAAAGGUUAAAGAAGACUGGAAGUAUGUUGCUAUGGUGCUAGAUCGCCUUUUCUUGUGGAUUUUUACAUUGGCCGUACUAGCGGGAACUGCUGGUAUAAUUCUUCAAGCGCCUACUUUAUAUGACGAUCGGAUUCCAAUAAUUGAAAAUAAUGAAAUUGAUUUUUCCGGCAUUUCAGCUGGCCGAUGUCGUCCUUCACAAUAAAAUGUCAUAGUUUGAUAAAUAAUUCAGAUUAGGCUACAAA